CACAGGGUGGAGAGCGGUGGUGAAUUUAGUUUGUCCAGCCUCUGGAGAGUCUGCUAGAAAAGUCCUGACUGAAUGAAGGUUACAGACACUCAGAGAGAGAGAGAGAGAGAGAGAGAGAGAAGGAGGAAAGCCAAACACACCCUGACAGAGAACCAUCUAUGAAGAAGAAACAAUCCUAACGCUAAGUACGGCUCGUGUUUGGAGGUUUCUCUGGACAACCAGACCUUGGUGAACAGGAGUUGCUGCUUUGAACUACAGAAGGUGUGAGGAAGAACAGGCCUGGAGAUAAGCAAACAACGGUUACUAGGAGAAGGUGAAUGUCUUUUGUCAGAAAGAGUGCCAUCAGCAGACUGAGACACCGAAUAAUUGGUUAUCUCCGGCUUCCACGUAUUGUCAGCGACAGAGGAUCUGAGCAGCCCUGUUCACCAUACGAUUUCGAUCUAGCCUUUUUGCCAUCUUUACAAUAUUUGCACUCAAUAGUACAUCAAUAAUCACAGCCAGGACUCAGUAUUAUUGUAGAUCCUGUCGGCAUCUACCAGAACGACAUCUACCAAAGCGUUAAAUGCUAAAAAAAUUAAGCAGGACUAAGUCUGCGCAUCUCUUUUAAUUUUACCAAACCCCUCAUCUCAGCUGCCAAGACAACUAGAGCAAGGAAUCUCCUUUAAGAGUCUCUCAGAGCUAACAAGACAGACAUAGGGAGGGAGUAAAAAGAAGAAGAGAAGAGGGAGGGUGGGUGGAGAGCCAGAGAGAACUGGCACUCAAGUGUGAGCGAGAGAGCACACAGAACGCUGCGAGUGAGCGUCUCCUGAAACCAUUGGCACUUUAAUACAUUUCAAAGCCUUGCUUUCUCCACUGAAGAAUCAGACAGAACGCGGUUAGCAUCUGAGACUCGUACUCAUGCAGGCGGCCAAAUGAAUGGGCUUUUUUUGAGGAGCGAUAGUUUAAAAGGACUUGUCAGAGGCGGCUGUAAUUGAGGAUGAAUUUUUGAGAGACCCACUGGGUAAGAGGGAAACCCUAAUAGUGACUUUAGAUCUUACAACAAGCCACAAAGUCUAAAAAGGAGAGACAAAUUCACAGUGGAUGGAUUUCCUUGGAUUUGUUGGCAGUGCUGAUCUGUUUUUCACUUUGUUGAUGUCUUUGGGUCUCUAAGAUUCUGCCUUAAGUAGAAAAGAGCUGGUGAGUUCUGGUACAGCUCACUUCCACGCUGGACCACACAAACUAUUUGGAGGAGGUCUGGAGAGCAUGGGGAAAUCAAACAGCAAGCUCAAACCAGAGGUGGUGGAGGACCUGACCAGGAAGACCUACUUUACAGAGAAAGAGGUUCAGCAAUGGUACAAGGGCUUUAUAAAAGACUGCCCAAGUGGUCAGCUUGAUGCUGCAGGUUUCCAGAAGAUCUACAAACAGUUCUUCCCCUUUGGCGACCCCACCAAGUUCGCCUCAUUUGUCUUCAAUGUUUUUGACGAGAACAAGGAUGGACGGAUUGAGUUCUCAGAGUUCAUUCAGGCCCUGUCUGUGACCUCACGUGGGACCUUGGAUGAAAAGCUCCGCUGGGCCUUCAAGCUUUAUGAUCUUGAUAACGAUGGGUAUAUCACACGUGAUGAAAUGCUCAAUAUCGUUGAUGCCAUCUAUCAGAUGGUGGGAAACACAGUGGACCUUCCAGAAGAAGAAAACACUCCAGAAAAGAGGGUGGAUCGCAUUUUUGCCAUGAUGGAUAAGAAUGCUGAUGGGAAGCUGACCCUGCAGGAGUUCCAAGAAGGAUCAAAGGCAGAUCCCUCUAUUGUACAAGCUCUGUCACUCUAUGAUGGCCUGGUAUAGUAGCAGCUUGUCUUAAGGAUACAGGUACUGCAAAGGAUCCAGUGCGGUGCCAUCCCACAAUUCCAUGCAAGGAGAAGAGUUUUCUUCAUUUGAACCCUCAUUCUGGACACUUAAGACUGAAAAGUACAGGAGAGAAGAGUUCAUCCUUUUCUUCUCACCACAACAAAUCACAUUUCGGCAUACAACAGUGACAGAAAAGAAGAAAGUGUCAUCCUGAAACUUUGGUGUAUGUGUGUGUGUGUGUGAGAGAGAGAAUGGGAUUUCCACAAGUGCUUGUUUUCUGCUGAACAAACACACUGGAGACUAUAUGGAUGGCCCUGAUUGUUACAGAAAAGCAUGCUGACAAACCUAAAUUAUAAAUGUAAAUAUGUGUAAACAUUUCAUAUUUUUUAAACAUACUUUGCUGAGAUAUUGUGGACGUGGCUCUUCAUGUAUAAUUUAAGAAACUGCUGAUAUUUUAUUUAUUUAUUGUUUACCUUGAAGUGUAUGGAUUGCAGCUGUUGCAAAGCCUCGGCGUUUUUAAAAGCCUCUUGGAGUGAAAGAC